AUGGCAGAAGCCCCAACAACGACGGGUGACGAAAAGACCAGGAUUGUUCAGGAGAGGCUCUCACUAUAUGGGCCGAACCCCUCUAUGGAACAGCAGCUGAUGGAAGAGGCAGAUGAGGACAUACAGAAAGCUAGAGCCCACGAGCUCAGCCUGGUGACCGCACACCGCAACGCAGAUGCAGUCUCAACCGUAAGUCCUGCAGAGAACCCCGGGAGGCCAAAGAUACCCUAUGCGGCUUUUAGACCCUUCCUGGAGAACGAGAAUAUUUGGCAGACUUUGAACGACAAUGUGCACUACAUCAGAUUCCCGACAAAGAGUGGCCCACGAUAUUGUCUGGAAAACUAUCCGGGCAAGCACUAGAGUCAUUCCGGACCUUGAGUGCUGAGGAGGUGACUCAGUACACUCUAGUCAAAGACACACUCCUACGACGGUAUGCGGUAACACCGGACACGUAUCAACGACAAUUUCGAAACACUAAAAAGAAACCUAAUGACACUCACAUGGAAUGGGCGCACCGAAUGCGGAGAGCAGCGAACCACUGGAUGAACGGGAGUAAAGCCGUGACCGCUGAGGAAAUAUUACAAUUAUUUCUGCUGGAGCACUUUUAUAAUGGCAUCAAGCAACAGGGAAAGGAAUGGCUGCGAGACAGACGACCUGCUACCUUAGAAGAAGCGGCAAAGUUGGCCGCCGAGCAUUAUGAGUCCCGGUUGCACGAAUCCACAAAUUACCGAACAACGGGCCGAACAUAGGGACAGUUACCGAACGCCGUCCCGCACCGAAUUCAGAGCUCCACGGUACACAGGACCACCCAGUAACAACCCCACUGACCGGCCCCGACCAAAGUGCUUUCAAUGCAAACAACCGGGUCACCUCCUGGCAAGCUGUCCUCUAAACUCCCAUCAGACCUCUAGGAAUUACAACUCCUCUGCCGGGCCAUCUUGCCUUGCCCGGGCCCUCUGCAUUAACCAAGAGAGCCCUAUGGAGGAAUACCUGGGACCACUACAUGAAGCCGACCCUGUAUAUGCCGCUUCGGAUAAUCGCCAGCAUCAUUGGCAAAAAGUAUGGCUAGAGGGUCACUCUACCGAGGGACUAAGGGACACCGGCGCUACGAUUACACUAGUCCAGAGCCAUUUGGUUCUGUAACACAAGAGAUCGGGACAGACUGUGGCAGUUAGAAUGGCGGGGGGAUGUAUACAAAAUUCCUACCACCAAAGUACAUCUUGAUUGGGGAGCGGGAAAAGGGACCGUGAAUGUAGGCAUAAUGGACAAUUUGCCUGCUGAAGUGCUACUGGGUAACGAUUUGGGUCCUAUGACUUCUGCCUAUGCUCCAGUCUAUAACAAUGAGGUGAAUCCUGUGACUACUCGGGCACAAGCACAGAUGCAGCGGGAACCCUAACCAGUGCGGGAGACACAGGUAAGACUCACCCUGACCUUAGGUCCCAUACAAUGGGACACUCCCACCACAUUUGAGACUGAGUCUAAGACCGACCCGACUUUACAAAAAUACAGAGAACGGGCCGGGAUGGGAGGGGGUGGACUAGAUAACGAAACAUUUUUAUGGGAGAAGGGAAAGCUGUUUCGGCUGACUGAGAAACAGGGACAACACAGACGACAGCUGGUAGUACCCCACAAAUACCGACAAGAAAUAUUAAAUAUAGGACAUGAUAUACCCUUAGCCGGCCACCUGGCUGUGACCCGUACCCUACACCGCAUUACUCACACCUUUUUCUGGCCAGGGUUACACGCUGAUGUUAGGACCUAUUGCAACACAUGCGAUGUGUGUCAGCGAGUAGGGAGGAGAGGCGACCAUCCUAAGGCACACCUGGUGAAUAUGCCCAUUGUAGAGGAGCCAUUUAGCAGGGUGGCCAUAGACUUAGUGGGGCCACUGGCUACCCCUAGUCCCUCCGGUAAGCGCUACAUUCUUACCGUAGUGGACUACGCUACCAGGUACCCAGAAGCCGUGGCCCUAUCUAACAUUCAAGCAGAUACGGUAGCCAAUGCACUAGUACAGGUGUUCUCGCGAGUAGGAUUCCCCAAAGAAAUCCUGUCAGAUCGAGGUACACAAUUUACAGCUGAGUUAACGCAGCAACUCUGGCAGGUUUGUAACAUUAAGUCGCUUCUAAGCUCCCCCUACCACCCUCAGACGAACGGACUUUGCGAAAGGUUCAACGGGACCCUUAAACAAAUGCUCAAAAUGUUCACCCAAGAAUAUAGAGACUGGGAACGCUUCCUACCCCACCUCCUGUUCGCUUAUCGGGAGGUGCCCCAGGAAACAACAGGAUUCUCUCCCUUCGAGCUGCUCUAUGGUGCAAGGUACGGGGACCCCUAAACCUGAUCCGAGAGCACUGGGAGGGAGAUACUGAGACAGACGGUGUCCCAAUCAUACCAUAUGUAUUGGAACUCCAGGACCGAAUGGAGCAAUUAGCCAAAUCUGUGCAAGCUAACCUCCAGUCGGCCCAGUAGAGACAAAAAGUAUGGUACGAUCAGGGAGCACGGUAAAGGACUUUUGUCUUGGGACAAAAAGUACUGGUGCUCAAACCGGUUAAGACCGAUAAACUCCAAGCCUCCUGGCAGGGGCCGUACCAGGUGGUAGAGAAAAAAGGAGACACCAACUAUGUUAUCGCUAGUUGCCAAGAUAACAACCUUAGGAAAACGUUUCACGUGAACAUGCUCAACGAAUACUUUGAGCGACCGGAAAAUGUGACAGCCGUCUGCUGCCCACCCCAUGAAGAUCCAGACAGCCUACCAAUCCCCGACCUACUAGAAUGAGGGCCCCACUCAGAUAUAAUAACCCAGGUCAAG